CAAAAAUAGUCCUCAGACUUUGAUCAGAAGAAACAGAGACAGUCGGAGUUACAGCACUGAGCGCUCGCUGGCUGUGAGAAAAGAUUCACAAGUCACAAGAUAAACAGGUGAGCUUGGGAUGGCUGUGGCACAGGUGUUGCUUCUGGCUGCUGUGCUGCUCCGUUGCUCCUCAGCUGUACCUGCAUGUCCACAGUCCUGCACCUGUCAGAGUCCUGAUCUGCUGAACUGCUCCUCCUCGGGCCUCACUUUUGUGCCACAACACAUCCCAGACUCUGUCACUGAGCUCGACCUGUCUGAUAACCUCCUCGACUCUGUAACAAUCAGCCGACGACAGGAUCAGCUGAGGAAUGUUUGGCUGGGGAACAAUAGGAUCACACGCCUGUCGCUCUGCCUCGAGAGGAGCCUGGGAGGCCGUUAUGUCACAGGUAGACGUCUUCACCACUCAUCAGGACCUUGGCAGAAGCGGAGGUGUGUGCCCUGGGCCCGCACCCUGCAGCUGUUAUCUGUCGAGAGGAAUCAGCUAGAGCAACUCCCAGAGGGGCUGCAGAGCUGUGAAUCCUUACAGGUUCUGCAGCUCUCCUUCAACAGAAUCUCAACCCUGCGACCACAAGACUUCAGCAACCUUCAGCAGCUAAAAGAGCUCAACCUAAAACAUAACCUCCUCACAAGUCUCCAUCCACAGACGUUCGUGGGUUUAUCCCAGCUCCAGGUCCUUGAUCUGAGCUUCAACAUGUUGACUAGCCUUCAUCCGUCGAUGUACCUUUCUCUGCACAACAUUGGUGCACAUGUAAAGCUGGCUGGGAACAAGUGGAAGUGUGAUUGCAGUAUGCGCAGUUUAAGAAGGUGGAUGGGCUAUGAUAGCAGCAGAGGCCUGCAUGCUUGGAACGUGGUGUGCGCUUCCCCCUCCAUACUCUCAGGAAGGGAUCUGCUACAUUUGGAGGAAGAUGAUCUGAACUGUUUUACAACUGAGAACAGACCAGAGAGCCAUCAAUCUGUGAAAGUCUUCAGUGGUUCUGAGAUAUUACUCUCUUGCUCCGCACAAGAUUCAAUGGGAUGGAUGCCCAGUGGUCAAGCAUCUGUGAACCAACCUGAGGCUGGUCUUCCCAUCAAGGACCUCACAGAAAGGGAUACAGGACUAUAUGUGUGUGUUUCUGAAGAACAGGACGAUGUGUCUGUUUUUAACCUCCAAAUCAGCAAAGUAGGAGAUGCACAGAGAAAAGCUCGAAGUGUGCCUGGAAGCAGUGGUCAAACAAUCUCACAAGGCAUUCCAGAGAGAAAAGACAAUGAGAGGAAUCAGAGAGCGACCUCGUCUGAAUUGGCUCUGGCUGUGUGUUUAUCUAUUUUAUUCACAUUUCUGGUUGCCUUUAUCCUCGGGGUCCUAGCAAGACCUUGUAUCGAUGUUCUUUGGAAAAGGUUCUGCAAAAAGAAAAGCUCCACGGCCACUGUCUCAACUGUAGAACAAAGCCAAUAUGACAAUGAUGCCUUCUGCGAUUUAGAGGAACAAGAGGUGAGAGGAGCUCACAGGGAAAGGAGAGUCACAUUCAGCACUGUAGACUUCAAAGAAGACAGCAAUGUGCAGUAUUAUGAUACUGUAGCCAAUGAUGAUCAGGAGAGCAUUAAUGAUGAUGGGUUUUUAUAUGAAGUAGUUGGCGAUAUGAAAGAUGGAGCUCGUGAUUCAGAAAGUGAAAACAGCUCUCAACAGAGUCCAGAGGAUAACCAGAGAGACAGCAGAAAUCUGUCAGGCACUACUCAUGCAGGGGUCACAAUCACCGAGAGGAGGCACUCGUCUUCCUCGGAUUCUUCACUAUCUGAAAGAGAACAUAAUGAAAAACAAAUGACCAGACAAGACCAAACCAGACCCAAGUCUCCACAGCUGGUAGAGGACUCUGUCCAGCAGAGAGCUAACAUGUCGUCAGCUGGAGGGGUGUCACACGUCUCCAUUAAGACAUUGACAAAUGAAGAAACUGGAUUUUCUUCUGAGCCUUUUGCAGGUUGGUCACUACACACAAAUCAGACAAACAGAACAGACCCUGAUAUGUGGCAGGGAAAUGAAGAACAAUUUGAAUUUAGCGAUUCUGCUCGAAGCACCUCUUCAAGGUCCAACAGUGUGCUUGGUUCUUUUAAUGAUUCAAAACUAACUGUCACACCCACUUUGGGUAUACAGAAGAGGGGUGAUACAUCAAGCUCAAGCUCAUAUUUAAGUGAGGAUGAAACAACACAUUACACUGUAAACUCAGACCAAGAGGAGGAUGUCACUACUGCUUGCCUCAAACAGAAUACUACUUUGGAACAGCAUAUCCAUGUUAUAGAUGCAAACAGGCCCUCAGUGGGAAUUAAUCAUAGUCAGCCUGGUUUAAGGAAAGCACACUCCUUUUCCUCUUCUUCAAGUGAAAGUGAAGGGGAGGACCCAUGCUGGCCUUCUCUAGAUCUCAAGCAUAUCCCUAAGAUCAAGAGGCACCUAGAUAUCAAAGCACCAACUCUAGCCUCUGAUUCAUCUUCCAGUAGUGACAGUGAGGAUGAAUCAACAAACCACAUCAAGAAACAAGUGCAACAACAGACAGAGAUGGCAAAGUAUCCUAUAACAAUAACACAAACUGUGAUUCAUGGCCAAGGAACACAGUGGCCCAUCAAAACACCAUCACCAGCUUCUGAUUCUUCAUCUAGUAGUGACAGUGAGGAUGACACAACAAAAUACAUUGAGAGGCCUGGGAAAGUGGACCUUCCAGAACUUGGAAUUCAGAAACCUCAAACAGAUAGUCAUGUUCCAGACGCAGGCUGGCCUUCUCUAGAUCUCAAGCAUAUCCCUAAGAUCAAGAGGCGUCUAGAUAUCAAAGCACCAUCACCAGCCUCUGGUUCAUCCUCCAGUAGUGACAGUGAGGAUGAAUCAACAAGCCACAUCAAGAAACAAGUGCAACAACAGACAGAGAUGGCAAAGUAUCCUAUAACUAUAACACAAACUGUGAUUCAUGGCCAAGGAACACAGUGGCCCAUCAAAACACCACCACCAGCUUCUGAUUCUUCAUCUAGUAGUGACAGUGAGGAUGACACAACAAAAUACAUUGAGAGGCCUGGGAAAGUGGACCUUCCAGAACUUGGAAUUCAGAAACCUCAAACAGAUAGUCAUGUUCCAGACGCAGGCUGGCCUUCUCUAGAUCUCAAGCAUAUCCCUAAGAUCAAGAGGCGUCUAGAUAUCAAAGCACCAUCACCAGCCUCUGGUUCAUCCUCCAGUAGUGACAGUGAGGAUGAAUCAACAAGCCACAUCAAGAAACAAGUGCAACAGCAGACAGAGAUGGAGAGGGUUCCAAUAAUGACAUCUCAAAAUGUAAGUCAGGACCAAGGAACACGGUGGCCUGUCAAAACAACAUCACCAGCUUCUGAUUCUUCAUCUAGCAGUGACAGUGAGGAUGAUAAAGCAAUCUAUAGAGAGAGGCCUGGGAAAGUGGUCAUUUCUGACCUUGGAAUUCAGAAACCUCAAACAGAAAGUCAUGUUCCAGACACAAGCUGGCCUUCCCUAGAUCUCGGGCAUAUUCCCAAGAUCAAGAGACGUCUAGAUAUCAAAGUACCAUCACCAGCCUCUUCCAGUAGCAACAGUGAGGAUGAAUCAACAAACCACAUCAAGAAACAAGUGCAACAACAGACAGAGAUUGCAAGGGUUCCAAUAACUACAUCUCAAAAUUUAAGCCAUGGCCAAGGAACAAAGUGGCCCAUCAAAGCACCAUCACCAGCUUCUGAUUCUUCAUCUAGCAGUGACAGUGAGGAUGAAUCUACCAAACACAUAAAGAAACAGGAGCAGCCGACCAACAUGCCAAAGCCUCCAUUAAAAGGAUCUCAAACUGUUCCUCUUGACCCACAAACGCAGUGGCCUCUCCUUGACCUUCAGCAGACCACACACAUCAAGAGACGUCUAGAUUUCAAAGCAAAAUCUGCUGCCUCUGAUACCUCUUCUAGUAGUGACAGUGAGGAUGACACAACAAAAUACAUUGAGAGGCCUGGGAAAGUGGACCUUCCAGAACUUGGAAUUCAGAAACCCCAGACAGAUAGUCAUGUUCCAGACAAACUCUGGCCUUCUCUAGAUCUCGGGCAUAUUCCCAAGAUCAAGAGGUGUCUAGAUAUCAAAGCACCAUCACCAGCCUCUGAUUCAUCUUCCAGUAGUGACAGUGAGGAUGAAUCAACCAACCACAUCAAGAAACAAGUGCAACAGCAGACAGAUAUUACAAGGGUUCCAAUUACUACAUCUCAAAAUAUAAGCCAUGGCCAAGGAACACAGUGGCCCAUCAAAGCACCAUCACCAGCUUCUGAUUCUUCAUCUAGUAGUGACUGUGAGGAUGACAAAACAAAAUACAUUGAGAGGCCUGGGAAAGUGGACCUUCCAGAACUUGCAAUUCAGAAAACUCAAACAGAUAGUCAUGUUCCAGGCGCAGGCUGGCCUUCUCUAGAUCUCAAGCAUAUCCCUAAGAUCAAGAGGCGUCUAGAUAUCAAAGCACAAACACCAGCUUCUGAUUCAUCUUCCAGUAGUGACAGUGAGGAUGAAUCAACAAACCACAUCAAGAAACAAGUGCAACAACAGACAGAAAUUGCAAGGGUUCCAAUAACUACAUCUCAAAAUUUAAGCCAUGGCCAAGGAACACAGUGGCCCAUCAAAGCACCAUCACCAGCUUCUGAUUCUUCAUCUAGCAGUGACAGUGAGGAUGAAUCUACCAAACACAUAAAGAAACAGGAGCAGAAGACCAACAUGGCAAAGCUUCCAUUAAAAGGAUCUCAAACUGUUCCUCUUGAUCCACAAACACAGUGGCCCCUCCUUGAUCUUGAGCAUACCACACACAUCAAGAGACGUCUAGAUUUCCAAGCAAAAUCUGCUGCCUCUGAUACUUCUUCUAGUAGUGACAGUGAGGAUGACAAAACAAAAUACAUUGAGAGGCCUGGGAAUGUGGAUAUUCCAGAACUUGGAAUUCAGAAACCUCAAACAGAUAGUCAUGUUCCAGACGCAGGCUGGCCUUCUCUAGAUCUCAAGCAUAUCCCUAAGAUCAAGAGGCGUCUAGAUAUCAAAGCACCAUCACCAGCCUCUGGUUCAUCCUCCAGUAGUGACAGUGAGGAUGAAUCAACAAACAGCAUCAAGAAACAAGUGCAACAGCAGACAGAGAUGGAGAGGGUUCCAAUAAUGAUAUCUCAAAAUGUAAGUCAGGACCAAGGAACACGGUGGCCUGUCAAAACACCAUCACCAGCUUCUCAUUCUUCAUCUAGCAGUGACAGUGAGGAUGAUAAAGCAAUCAAUAGAGAGAGGCCUGGGAAAGUGGUAAUUUCUGACCUUGGAAUUCAGAAAACUCCAACAGAUAGUCAUGUUCCAGACACAAGCUGGCCUUCCCUAGAUCUCAGGCAUAUCCCUAAAAUCAAGAGGCGUCUAGAUAUCAAAGCACCAUCACCAGCUUCUGGUACUUCUUCUAGUAGUGACAGUGAGGAUGAUAAAGCAAUCAAUAGAGAGAGGCCUGGGAAAGUGGUCAUUUCUGACCUUGGAAUUCAGAAAACGCCAACAGAUAGUCAUGUUCCAGACACAAGCUGGCCUUCCCUAGAUCUCAGGCAUAUCCCUAAAAUCAAGAGGCGUCUAGAUAUCAAAGCACAAACACCAGCUUCUGGUUCAUCCUCCAGUAGUGACAGUGAAAAUGAAUCAACAAACCACACCAGGAAACAAGUUCAACAACAGACAGAAAUGGCAAGGGUUCCGAUAACAAAUUCUCAAAAUGUAAGUCAGGACCAAGGAACACGGUGGCCUGUCAAAGCACAAUCACCAGCUACUGAUUCUUCAUCUAGCAGUGACAGUGAGGAUGAAUCUACCAAACAUUUAAAGAAACAGGUGAAACUGACAGACAGAGGAAGGAUUCCAAUUAAAGAAUCUCAAAGUCAUGAUCCACAAACGCAGUGGCCUCUCCUCGACCUUCAGCAGACGACACGCCUUAAGAGGCGCCUGGAUUUCAAAGCAAAAUCUGCUGACUCUGAUACUUCUACUAAGAUAAGCAAAUCCCAAACAGUAGAACCCAAUCCAAUUCUAAGAUGGCCAGAAUUGGGUCCAAGUGCCCACCAUGUAACGAGUGGCAUAGAUCAACCUGAGUCGUCUUCAAGUAGCGAUGAAAGUGAAGUAGAGACUACUGGCCUACAUGUGACAGAGGUUGGGGUUACAAGUCAUCAAACAGGGACAAAACUGCCUGAUCUGAAUAUGAGUGUCCCCCUCUUCAAGCCUCAUUUGAAUGUCAAAGCACCAUCUCAACCAGAAGACUCCAGCUCUUCCAGCAGUGACAAUGAAAGACAUGAUAUAGCGAAAGGUCAUGUCAGGAUCACAAAUUCUGAGCAGCAGACAAAGUUACCCAAGAUAGGUCUGGGCGUCCCCUACAUGAGCAGACGUCUGGAUAUCAAAGCUCCAUCGCCACAGCCUGAUCCAGUUCUUACACCUGUGUCUCCAAGCUCUCGAAAAUCUGAAUCAAACUCUUCCACAAGUGAAAGUGAGGAUGAGAACAGUGAACUCGCUAAACUAGGAUUGGGAGCAACUGCAAUAUCCAAGACCACAGAAAAUGAUUUAACUGAAUCUCCCCGGUCCCCAGUGGUUCAAAUUCCUCUCAGUCCAAACGUAGACCAUGAUAUCAAAUUAGAAAAGUACAAAGUUAUAACUGAAAAAACAAGUGAAAACAUCAACACAUUGCCAGUAAUUAACCCAGAACUUGAGUCACGGUGGGCCACAAUGAGUCUUGGUGUCUCCCGCUUUAGAAAGCGUCUUGAAAUCACAUCACGAGCACCAGGACCAUCAAAGAUGCCUUCAUCACCCGAACCUGUCUCCCCCGCUUCAUCCUCCAGCAGUGAAAGUGGGGAUGAGGGUCAACGCGGCAGAAUACGGCAAAAGAGAAGAGGAAUUGGAAUGCAAGGAAAAAUAAAUGCAGAAUCAUCUUCAAAAGCUGAAAUUACACCAGUGACUGUUUCUCUCAGUUUGAAGAGUCAAGAUAAAAGCUCCGGCACGGCAAAGUUUAAAGAGAGAGGGGAAAGACCAUCACAAAGCCAGACAUCCUCAAGCAGCGAUAGUGAGAAUGAGAUGGUAGACCACAGCGUACCCGACCUGAGCCUUGGUGUCCCACGUGUGAAGAGGCGUCUGAAUGUAAAGACAACCUUUCCAGAGCCAAGGAAUUCACUGUCUUCCAGCAGCAAUGCUGAGGUGACAGGAUACACUGCGACACAAAGCAGACAAGUAUUCAAUAUGCCUCAAUAUAGAGAUACUGACACUCUGAUCACUUACAAGCGUUCCAUAUUCCAAGCCACAUCACCAUCAAGUAGUCUGCCCCCCUUUAGUGGCCAAACUAUGUAUGAUGAUACAAAACAAAGAUAUCCUGAAAAUGCACAAAAAGUUCCAUCUUACAGUGUCGGAGACAGAAGUACACCUGUUGCUUCAAAGAGAUCUCUCAGUAGGAGCAUUGAUGGUUUAUUACAUAAGAUGGUUGGGAACUCCAAACGCACAACAGAACUGCCACCAGAGUUGAGGUGGACUGGUGUCGGCCGUCAUAUGCCUGACCUUUCCAUCUCCAGUACAUUAAGACGUCAGGAUGUAGGCUUUUCAUCUCCACCUGCAGAGCCAAAACUUCCCCCACCUGACUCCUCCAGCAGUGAAAGUGAUGAUGAAAUUAAACAAGACAGGGGAAAACCAGAUAUUACAGAACAUAAAAACUCAUCAUUUAGCGCUGGCACUGUUUCCUCUGCUUCCACUAGAACCUUUGACACUGUCGACAACUCAUCUAUCAGCACAAAUGAGAUUUUGUGGGGUGUAUCUGAGGACAGAAGGCAAAGGAAAGGCCUCAGUGCACUGAAAGCCAUUUCUUCAGAGAGACAAAAGUGGGACAUAGGACAGGGAAAUGUGGAAAACAGUGCUUCAUCUCUAUUUGAUGACUAUGAUCCAAACACUGAAAACAGUUUUCACCAUCGUAGGACUGAGGAGUACAUCAAGCCCCUGUCCACACAACCACAAACACAAGUACAUCUUUCAUCCACUUCAGUAGAUGACAGAGGAGCUACAGAUUUGUUGUACGAGGUCCCCAGCUACAGGAGGCAUGGAAUUAGAAAUAAUGAACCACCACAGGAGACUCCACCUCCAGUUCCAGCGACACCACCACCAUCAGAUGAAGCAUUAGGGCUUACAUGGAUGUCACGACCGAACAGCUGGAGAGAGCGGUCAGAUGGAACCAGAUACUAUUUGCCACAGAGCAGAAACACAGGGGCAGCUGACUCCUCUUCACUUGCAUCCCAAAACCUGGAAGUCCAUUUGGACUUUUCGAACAAUCCCAUUACUAAAGUCUGAUAAAGAGGUUACGUCAUCCUAUACUCUGACAAUACAAGCACAUGAGCAACAGUUUUUAAUUUGGCCAGUCAACUACAGAAAUGUAGUGAAUUGUUUUUUAUUUCAUAAAUAUAAAGCUUUAAAUUGGAUGUAAAUGUUUGUAAUUUAUUGUAGGGCACUAGAGGGCCCGUGUUUACCUUUUAAGAUUUGCCUUAUUUUUGUAAAUUACUUUAAACAUCACUCAUCACAAAGAUGAAUAAUCAAUACUGUCAUCUUCAGUCAUACAAUGUCAACUAGAGAAGGCAAUUUCUGAAGAAACUGUGCUGUGAAUGCUGCAUGCUGAAAAAGAUGGUGUUGUACUGCCAAUGCAGUCUGAAAAACUGGACAAAUCUAUGAAAUAAUCUGAAUAAUCUAGGAAAGAUGGUGAAUAUAUUAUGAAAAGGUGACAUUUUACUUGUAAUGCUGCAUAAUGAAAAAUGUUAUUACUAUAAGUAGUGUAAUAAAGAUGUUGAACAUAUUAUUAAUAGACUAAUGUUUCUAUUUCUUUGUGUAAAAAAAAAGGUUUUAUUUGUAGCAAGAAGUAAAUAUACUUACGCAUUAAUUAGGCACUUCAUGUUUUUUUGUUAUUGUAACUCAUUCAACUUUAAGCCCACAUAUAAGCCAGUAAGUUAAUAAACCCUUUUAUUUAUGUAUAUAGACAUAGGUUAUAGUGAAAACAGACAUAUAGACACUAACACAGUUUACAUACAUAUAUACAGUUGGGACAAGGUUGUUCAUCCUCCUGCAUUGUAGUGGGAGAAUACUAAAACAUUCAUCUCUACACAGUAUUUGGUAAACAAUCCGCGACUACUUCGAUCUCGGAUGUUAUGCUGAUGGUUGAGGCUUUGUAAUGAAAAAUAGAGGCUUUAAUAGUCACAGCUGCUGUGGAUUUUAAUGGCAUGAAAGCUUGUGUUUUAUUUUCAGAACAAAUUCCAAAAAGUAUUGUAUGUGUGUCAUGACAGUGUGUUGAAGUUGCAAAACAAAAUGAUGUACUUCUAAUAAAUAAAACAAGAGUCUGUA